AUGGUGAUGAGCCGGUUGAACAUGCUGGUGAUCCUUCUAAUUUUCGCUUACGUUGCAUAUGCGGCUCAACCAACUUCUUUGGAUGAAAAGGUCAAAGCGCUCCAAGACUUGCUGUAUCGGCAACCAGCGGUGCGAUUGAACAUGGAUCGCUGGAAGACAUUUGUGAGACAGCAACCCCGCAACUACAGUAUGUUUGUGAUGUUCACUGCACUAUCGCCAGGAGUGAACUGCCCCAUUUGCAAGCCGGCCUAUGACGAGUUCAUGAUUAUGGCAAACUCCUGA